UGUAAAAUGAUAGAUAUUAAUUUUUAAUUUGUGUGCAAGAUUCUAUUUUCUUACCAUAUCAUUGAGAGUAUAUUUGGAGGUUUCAAAAAUGAAUUUCCAACAUUACUCAAAUAAAAAUUCAAAAAAAAUAAAUGUGGAAGACGAUGGUGACAAUACAAGUAACGAUGGUCCAUGCGCAAAUGUUUCCCAUCAAGCAAAGCAACAAAGGAUAUUAUUAGUGAGUAGCCUACCAGGCCACCAUAUAAUACUAAAUAUGUGGCCAAGCUGGUUUUGUCUACUUCCUCGUAGAUUUUAAAAUGCAAAAGAUUGUUUCUGUCUAAAUUUGGAUUGGAAGAUUGGGUGUUUGGCGUUGGAUUAAUUUUUAAUUGGGACCACAUAUUUAAAUGUGUGUUAUUAUUUAUAUAAGAAGUCUAAAACUUAUGUGAUCUAAUUGAGUUAUAAGUAGGAUUAAGGGUAUGGUUGUCAUGGAAUUAAUGUAUAGAUACCAUUGUAUAAUUUCUAUUUCUAUGAGGGGCAGAAAUAGAAAUUGUGAUAAAUAGUUAGUUUUCCAACAGCAAAAAAGAAAAAAAAAUUGACAGAUUGAAAUCAACUAAACAAAGCGGUAAUGGUCCCCAAUCCUGCCAAGACAUGCAAAAAGGAAAAGUUCUCUCAAAUCCUCUCAAGGAGAAAUUCAAAGGCAGAAACGUAAGCAAAGAAUUGGAAGGCUAUCCUAUAAUCACGCUUCGGUUCAACCAUCACAAUGGAUUCGGGGUUCGCCUUGUAGGAGAAACAGAGACCAAAAUCUCUUCAGUCAUUUCGGAAUAUACACAGACCCGUGCUGGUGGAGCCGACAAUUUAAUAGGAAGUCUUAAUGCACAUGUCCCACCAGAUGAUGCUCCAGAAGAUCCUCAUGCCAAUGCAAUGCCAUCAACUAAACAACCUCAAUAUUGGACUAAGUGUUUGGCCAUGGAAGAAAAACGACAUAAUCAGCACGUUCAAUGGGAACAACAAAUGGCUAAUCAGGUCAGUUCGUUGAAUACUCAGUACGAUGCAUUUGCCACUGUGUAGAACUCAUUAAUUCAACAAUUUGGUGAGUUCCGUUUGGACAUUGAAAGACGUAAUGAAGUGGCAAGCAAUCGCAUGGAUAGGAUUGAGUAUCGUGUAAAUGACAUCUACCAUCACUACUUCCUUUUACCACCACCAGACAAUGACUGUUGAUGUGUUUCGAUGACAGCUUGGAUGACAAGAACAAUUUAUGUGAUUUUUGUUUGUUUUUAGAAUGCAUUUUUACAUUAUGUAUUUUCGUUGUUUUCUAUUUUGUUAACAACCUUUUGUUAUUUUGUUGGGUCAUUUUGUUUUAUAAAUGUAGUAGUUCUGUCUUUUAUAA